GGCAGCCCCGGCCCCGCCCACUGGGCUGAGGCCCAACACCCGUUGUGAAUCACGUGACUUCGGGCCCGCCUCCGUCGAACUAUGCCGCCAUCGCGUUGCCGUGACAACCUCCUGCUAGGCGCUCUCCCCUAGGCUUGGGUCCUCAGUACCCCGCGCGGGCGCGGGUUGAGUCUUACGAGCCGCAGCAUCUCCUUCGGUCACCCUUAGGCCUCUCCAGACGUCCGAUACCUCUCUGCUCUUGCGCUGCCAGGGCCCAGCCGAACUGGACUACAUUUCCCAGGAGACUUCGCGGCCAGGUGAGACUUUCGACCGCUCUACGGGGCGCUACAUUUCCCAGCAGCUUUGCGGCAUCCUGGGCUGUGAAGAGUACAUUUCCUACCAGCACUUCGCGGUGUGACUGCAACCGUUCUCUGGCGUCUUCGAGGUAGGAAGUCUCCGCCUCUGACUCCCGGAGGCCUUUGCGGGUGGCAAGAGAGACUACCCCUCCCAGAGGCCUCUGCGGCGCCUCAACCGGAAGUGUCGGGCGAGCCGAGUGUCCUUGCGCGUGGAGUGGAGCGAUCAUGGUGGCCAGGGUGUGGUCGCUGAUGAGGUUUCUUAUCAAGGGCAGCGUGGCAGGGGGCGCAGUCUACCUGGUGUACGACCAGGAACUGCUGGGGCCCAGCGACAAGAGCCAGGCGGCCCUUCGGAAGGCGGAGGAAGUGGUCCCCCCGGCCAUGUACCAGUUCAGCCAGUACGUGUGCAAGCAGACGGGCCUGCAGAUACCCCAGCUCUCACCCCCUCUGAAGCUUAACUUUUCCCUCCGAGACUCCUGGAAUUCAGGUAUCCUCACAGUGAUGUCAGCACUAUCGGUGGCCCCCUCCAAGGCCUACCACUACUCCAAGGCAGGCUGGGACUACGUGAAGGAGCGUGCCAAGGAAUAUUCCAAGUAGCAUGUCAGAUGCAGCCCCUGCCCCAGCCAGGAUGGGGGCAGGGACGCCACGGACCUGAAGACUCCAGGCUGGGGCCCCUCUGAGCGCAGCUCAUGGCCUUGCAGGCCCAAUAAAGGACUUCUGAAGUGUUCCCGACUGGCGUGGUGGGCCUGGGACUCCUCGGGUGCUGUUUGGGCCUUGGCCUGGGGAGUC